CUACAGUGAAAUGGAUGGACACAGUCAGUAGAGCUGCUGGAGGAGAAGAGAGGCUGACGAUCAGGAGAAAAACUAAAAUCAAGAAGAAUGCAGAUAGUGAUCAGGAAGUUUAAGCCCUCGGACCAUGAGGUUGUUAGAGCCAUAUUUCGAGAUGGACUCCAGGAGCACAUCAAUCCGUCCUUCAUUUUUGCCGUUUCCCAGCCGUUCCACAUCACUCUGACGCUGUGCUGCUGUGCUGUGGGCUACUGGCUGGGUGGAGAGUCGGUGGGCGUGGCUCUGCUGGCUGGAUGCUGCUGGAUAGGCCUGGUGUACGUCUGCUGUUAUGAAUUCUACAGUCGUUACGUCCGAAUGAGGCUCCGCACGGACAUGCAGGACAUCACCGCUUCCUACCUCAGCCAUCCAGAUAACUGCUUCUGGGUGGCUGAAGCUGAGAUGAACGGACGGCCUCAGGUGGUUGGUACGGUGGCUGUGGAGGCUAAAAAGCACCCAGAAAGUGGGCAAAAGUAUGCAGAACUCUUCCGAAUGAUUGUGUCGCCUGCAGCUCGUCGCACUGGCCUCGGCUCGAGACUGGGUCAGACAGCUGAGAACUUCUGUAAGGAGCGAGGACUGUACAGAAUAGUGCUCGACACGACCUCCCCACAGAGAGCAGCUCUUGCUCUAUAUAAAAAGAUGGGUUAUCAGCUCAUCCAGAAACAUGAAGAUGCUGAAAGUCCUUGGUGGGUCGUCAGACUGACCAGAGCUAAAGUUCAUAAGAUGGAGAAAAUCUUGGGCCCCAAUUUAAUACAAUAAGUGUCUUUAAUAGUCCACUGAAGUCGUGUCGUCACUUUGUAGUUGGCGCCAUGUUGUUUAUGCCCAUAUUUGGGGUUCCGUGUCUAAGCGGUUCAAGUGAAUGGGGAAUUUGAAUGGGCUUUUCAAAAACUGGCCUCUAUCAUAUUCUUUUUUUUUUUAUAAUUUUAUUUCUAAUUUUUCCCCAUUUUCUCCCCAAUGUACACAGCCAAUUACCCAACCCACUCAUUAGGACUCCCCCAAUCACUAGUAAUGCCCCAACACACCAGGAGGGUGAAGACUAGCACAUGCUUCCUCCGAUACAUGUGAAGCCAGCCACCGCUUCUUUUCGAGCUGCUGCUGAUGCAGCAUUGCGAGCAGCAUCCCAGCGCUUGACAUCACCAUAGAAGUGAUGUGGGGAGAGAGCGCCAUCUACCCACCCAGAGGGAGCAGUACCAAUUUUUGCUCCCUCUGACGCCGGCAGCUUGAUGGCAAAGCUGCAUGAGCUGGGGUUCGAAAUGGCGACCUCCUGCUCAUAGUGGCAGCGCUUUAGACCGCUGGACCACUCGGCGCUGGCCUCUAUCAUAUUCUGUGGUAAAUAAAUAUGUUCAGAACCCUGUACGUUUUAUUCUGUGUACAUUUACCCUCUCUCAGCCACGCUACCCCAGAACUAAGGCAACCCCCAGAGUCUGCUACAUACGUCCCUCCCUUUCAAGAAUAACUGUCCCCGUUUAUACCCUUAGGUAAAGCACAUACUAAAUGCCAUACAAACAGGACAAAAUAACAUCCAAUGCCAACAGCAUAUUGUACAGAGAACAGCUCAUUUUUCCUUUUGUUUUCCCGCAAAGCUGCUAGCUUUAGCUCUACCACGCUACCCGCCCAGCGACUAAAGCUAAUUCACAAAGUUACUACUGAACUGACUAUCCUGUUAAAUAAAACGACUAUUGCAUAUAAAACCCGACCGAAUUUGCUUAACAAAAUAAAUGUUGAUCCCACCGCUGCCACCAAUGUAACCGAGCGGUGUUACUUGAAGGUUUUAAUAAAGGACAAAACGGGAAAAAGUACAAAGUAGUCCACUUUACUCCACUCCAACCAAACUUUUCCCAACAGAAGAAAAAAACUCCCUCUCUCCUUCUCUCUCUCUCUCUCUCUCUCUCUCUCAGCCAUGCUACCCCAGAAUAAAGGCAACCCCCUAGAGGACAAAAAGCAUCGGCAGUUUUUUCUGACAACAUAGUAAAGUCUGCUACAGUAGUAAUUAGAAAAACGCUAGCUUUAAGCUAAUGCUUAACUGACGUCACAGCACAGCAGCUGGAAAUGACACUGGAUUCGAUUCUGCACAACACCAGUGAACUCCGGUCAGAAAGCAUUUGGAUUAUUAUGCUUCUUCACAGAAGAUCAUUAAAGCAUUUAAACAGGUGAAACUCUUUCAGUAUUGUUGAGCAGUGUAAUGUUGAGCAGUGUAGUCUGUGUUAGAGCUUUAAAAGGCAGAUUAUAAGAGAGUGGCUCUCAGUUCAGCAGCGCUUCCCCGAAGGGUUUAGUAUUUACUGUUAGUUUAUACUAAUUACAACACCUGACCAAAAUAAUCAACUAAUCAACUAACUACCUGCCCUCACUGAGGCGACAACCAACCAGAAACACCAAUUUAUUUCACUGCAUAAUAAAGAGGGUAAAUGAACCCAAUAUCGUGUCUCGUCUCGUCUCGUGAUAUUAGUGUCUCGUCACACCCCUAGGAUCCAGUGAUGUUCAGGAGUGAAAUGAACACAGAAUAAAACGUACAGGGGUCUGAACAGAUUUAUUUAGUACAGAAGGGUUUUUGAAAAGCUUAUUCAUUUUCCUCAUAAAAAACAAAAACGCUUAGACACGGCAGCUAUAUGAGGACUACAGAAUGACGCACGACUUCAGUCGUCUAUUAACUGUGCAGUUACACCCUAACAAUCUAUGUAAUAACAGUCUAACUACUGCUGAAGUACACAAUGUUACAGAUUACUUACAGCUGUACAUGUUAUAUAUGUGUUAUGUAAUUACAAGUGUAUAAACGUCAUUUAGACAUAGCAGAAUAUGUUGUCUAUCUUCCUAUAAUAAAAUCUAAAGAAUUA